AGACUAUCUGCAUAAAAAUAAAGCAUGAAAUUGAAAGAAAAAAUAGUUUGUACUGUACUUUCAGAGUGGGCUGACAUUUCAAAGGUUGUUAUGAUGUAGAAAGUGAAGUAGAAAUAUGUCAUAAAAGUCAUUGUCUUCUAUGUCAUAUGUCAAUCACAGGUGUACUUACAGGUACUUGUAGGGUUAAUUGGUUCCAUGGUAAUAACUGGCUGUUUUAUCAUAAGACCACAGAACUAACCAUCUUGAAUCAAAAAAAAGGCUUGGAGGAAUACCAUGACAAAGAGUACAGAAGUUGCUGAUUAAGGAAUUUUGGUUCCAGAAAGUUUAUUCAUGUUGGAUUAGGAGCCAAAAGUCACAGUACUGGUGGCCUGUUGAAUGUUUCCAGAUUAUCAGAGGACGAUAAUACAACCGAAACAGGAUAUACUGGUACCCCUGAGGAGAACAUGAGAGCAGCAAAUAAACAGUGGGUUCAUCCACCAGAUGCUCUUACAAGAGGACAUAUAGUUUAUAAUGUCAAGUUUCUUGGAGAAACCGAGGUGGAUCAGCCCAAAGGUACAGAAGUUGUUAGAGAUUCAAUCAGGAAGAGAAAGUUCAACAAACAUAUAAGGAAGGCAGAAGGACAGAAAACACCCAAAGUAGAACUUACAAUAUCUGUUGAUGGAGUCACUAUACAAGACCCAAAAACAAAGAUGACACAGUAUUCCUAUCCUCUCCAUCGAAUAUCUUACUGUGCUGAUGACAAAACAGAUAAAAGAAUGUUUACAUUUAUUGCCAAGUCAGCAGAUUGUAACAAACACUUUUGUUAUGUUUUUGAUAGCGAUAAAUGUUCAGAGGAGAUUACCUUAACUAUAGGACAAGCUUUUGAUCUAGCCUAUAAAAAGUUCUUAGAUACAAAUGGAAGAGAUCUAGAUUUAAAGAACAAAUAUAUAACAUUACAGAAAAAGGUUAAGUCUUUAGAACAGGAGAACCAGACAUUGAAGAAAAGGGUUGAAGAAUUAGAACAGCUAAAGGAUAGAGAUGACAUUGUACAGUAUAAAAAAAGUCAUCAGAUAAGUGAUUUGACUGCUGUUGCUAAUGGUAAUUCCACCCAUGUGAUUUUAACUGAUUCUACCUUACAAGAGGAGAGUUCUACAGAUGAUAGUAAAAAUAUACCAGAGACGGAUAUGACAUUAGGUACAGGAUGGGAGUCCCCACGACUGGAGUUUGUCAAUGGAACUACAACCAAGUCAUUGACAACUAAUGGAAAUAGUCCAUCUGCUGCAGGGCUAAUUUCUCCACCACCACCCAGUACAAGGCCAAGGACACAAGGAUCAGUUUCCUCACCUACAUUACCACUGAGUCCAGCUGGAUAUCCCAAUGCAGUGGAUGCUUUUGGUGCACCAUCAUUUAAUCCACAGCCUACCAGUGCUGAUCCAUUUGGUAUGGCAGCAUUUAAUCCAUCAUCACCCUCAAAAUUUAAUCCAUUCACGUCAGAUACACUGUCUGUAUCAUCAACAGAGAGAGAAUUACUCGAUAUUCAGGCUGGUUUCAGUCAAGGACUCUCAUUUGGUACAGAAGACUUUAAUUUAGCUGAUCUAGAUCCACUAAAUCAAAAAUAAUCUUCUAACGUCGAACAUACCAGUAGUGGGCUUUGAAAGUUAAAUCUGCUGGCAGACAUAAGCAUUUACUGUGAAGGACCAGAUUAGUACUCAACUAAUUCUCCUGUUGAAAUUUGAGGAAAGGACAUUAUAUUGUGCAUUAGAUCUAUAUUACGAUUCUGUUGAUGCUGCAAGACAUAAUAAUUAGACAUAUGAAAAAUAUACUGUUGAACAUUUAUGCCCAUUUUAUUUGUUAUUAAUGGAAUAGUGCAAUGAUUGCCUUAUAGUUAAGGUGUAAUAUUGAUUUACUUACCUCAUAGGAGGAUUUUCAACAUACAAGUUUUUUAUGGGAAUAUUACAAUGAUGACAUAUAUAUAAAUGAAAAAUGAAACCAGCAAACGUUUAACAUAAGUAUUAAUUAAAGAUUUAAAAUAUGUAUCAUGUGACGCAUAGUUUCAAGAUUCAAGAUAUGUAUCAUGUGAUGCAUAGAUAUGUUUCAUGUGACACAAAGUGUAAAUAUUCAAAUAAGUAUCAUGUGACGCAUAGUUUCAAGAUUCAAGAUAUGUAUUAUGUGAUGCAUAGUAUCAAGAUUCAAGAUAUGUAUUUUGUGACCCAUAGUGUAAAGAUUCAAAAUAUAUAUUUUUUGACACAUCAUAGUGUACAGAUAAAGAGAUUCAAAAUAUGUAUCAUGUGAUGUAUCAUGUGACACAUUGUGUCAAGAUUCAAAAUAAGUAUCAUGUGAGUGCCAACACAAAAAGAAAUAUGAAUUCUUUAUUUGAAAACAAAUAUACUGCUGAUAAAUCAUAGCUUUUAAAGCAUAAAGGGUAACUUAUAGAUGUAGAUAUGAACUCAAAAAAUAUAUAAAUGACAUUAAUUGAGCUGUAAAUUAUUCUAUGAAACAUUGGAUUAUAUUGUAGAUCUAUUUUGAGUAGUAAGUGAUAACUCUAGUAUUGAUAUGUGUUAACAAUAAGCUACUUACAGAUGCUUAGAUUACUAUAUUCAUAUCUCAAUUUCACUUUACCAGAUCUUAUUUUGUUCCCAACUUGGUGGAUAAGGCAUGAUAAUAAACACUUCUGUAUUCUCAAAUAUUUCUAUUGUGACAGUGCCCAUUUCUUUGAAAAAAUAUUAUUUCAGGAAUUAUUGACACGCUAGAAAGCCUGUUUUCUAUCAUUUAUUAACGAAACACUUCCUUUUGGGUUUAUCAAGAUCAGAAUUAUACUUUAAAGUCUUGUCAUAAUAAGGGAACUAUAUUGAUAAACCAUUUAAUACUGUACAGAAUUGUGUCACAAAAAUAUGUAUUAUUGAUAUUUAGUACAAACCUUACCAUAAGAAUUAAGUAACAAAGAAUAUGUACAGUUUUAUUGUUAGUACAGUGUUCAUUCUAUUAAGUACUUCGUUUACAGUAAUAAAAUAUGUUACAGUUA